AUGCAGAUCAACCGCCCCUCCAUUUUCACACUUGCACUUAUUUUGGCUGUUACCCAAUCAACUACAUCCCACCCUAUCCAAACCAGCAAAUGGGUCAAGACAGAACAAUACAAAGAUCCAAAUGCACGUGGAAUAUGGAAGGUCUUUGAGAAAGAACCCUACGAUCUGAAACCAGACCCACCACAUGUCAAAUACAACGGAGUAAGUCCCAAAUCCUAUAUUGUCGACUCGGCGACUUACCUAUAUACACAGAACCCAGCAUGGCCAACCAACCAAAACAACGAACAAACAGAGCAAGACACACCAAAUAAUCGUUAUGCGACAGGAACUUCCGAAUCGGGGAAGCCAACAGUCUCAAUCCUGAUACCAGCAUCCCCAGGAAUACCCGAGCCAAUGCACAAGCACUACAGUCAACAUACGGGGGAAAAGGAACACCAGUCUCCAAAAGACGAGAGCAUCGAUGCACUUGCUGCGCAGAGACAAGAUCACUACCGCGAUAUUCUACAAUACCUCCACACAAAAGCCACCCUAAACAAGGAACACAAACACACCACGUCUGCAUAUUCCUCCCAUUCCUUGUUGGGCUAUUCGUCCUCUUUCUUUACAUAUCGCUUCUCUCUCCCAACUUUGAGAUCAAAAACCUUGACGUUCUCGCACUAUCCUCUUCCGGGAGUUUUUCCAACAGUGAUCAUUCUCCUGGUAAUGGUUUGGGUUUCCAUUUUCACUAUUGGAUUGCUUGAGUUGGGAAAUUAUCUUUGGAGGCGGAGGGGACAGGCUUCGGUUGGAGAAAGUGAUCGGGUUCUGGAAAGUGAGGAGUGCAAUGUGCAUGUGGAUGAGACGAUGAAGAUCCCCUUGAGAAUCAUUGUUGCUCCUUUGGAAAGCACCCGGCUACGCUCGGUGGGAGAGCAUGAGUAUGAGUUCCUAGAGACCAUUUAUAGUGACUAUGAGUCGGACUCCGGUUCGGAAUCUGAUGAGGAUGAGUAUCGCAUGUUUUAA